AUGCGAAAGUUGGAAAGGUUCUUCGACUGGUACGGGCAGUUUGUGGCUAGGAGACCGUUCUUUUUCAUUGUAACAAUAAUAAUAAUCUGCGUUUGGCUUUUUUCACGUGCCUCUUUCAGUUAAUUCCUGCAUUACUCACUAUACUCUCAACCUAUGGAUUCCUGUCAUUUCACAGUCAGGACGACAUCUGGGACAUUUACGCGCCGACGAAUGGGUUAUCAAGGGUGGAAGAGACGGCAAUGAAGAGAUUCGAGUACGCCUCCGGAUCACAUCAUCAUCGGGUUAGUGAGGGGAAUCCGGAAGCAGACAGUAGCUGGCAGGGUUCAGAUGCAAGUGUUGGUAUCCAAGAAGAACAGAGGGAACAUACUUACGAACGAGGCACUUGAGGAGGUGUCCCUGGCACACAAGGUCAGCUUCCCCUUGUCUCCUUGAACCAUUCAUUUGUUCCAGUUCGUUGCGGACAACAUCACCGCUUCGAAUGGCCAUCAUCACAUCGCUUACAAAAACCUCUGCGGAAUCUACUGCAAUGACAGCAACGCGGCCGUUCUCGCUUUCCUUCAGGCUGCCAUCAAUGACACCUCCAGGAGCUCGUUCAAAUUGACGUUCCCGAAUGCGGAGGCUCUCCAGAAAAAGAUCUUCAUCGGGUAUUCCAUUGGUGAUUUGAAAAUUGAAAAGGUGUUCGUGACGGAAGCAAAAAUGGUCAUUCUGCAUUAUAUGGUGGACACGUCACUUCCGAACGGAAAACUUUUGGCGGCCGACUUUGAGAACAAGCUCCGAUCGUUUUUCGCUUCGAUCACGGAUAUCUCCCAUCAUAUCAAGUACUCCGUCCUUUCGAGAACGAGGGAACUGGAGGAACAGAGGUAGUUCGCACAUUGUCUUUCCGGAAUGGAGCCCUCCUUUCCAGAGCAAUCACCAUAACUUCUCUGCCUUUCCUCGGACUCACCAUCAUCGUUUUGACCUUGUUCAUGCUCAUCACUCUCGUCCGUAUUCCCUUGUACACUAGUCAGCAUUGGGAGGUAAUAAAUUUGCCCGUUUCCGUCCAGUUUCAUUUCGUUUUUCUGUUCAGAGUAUCGUCGGAGUUCUCUCUCCAGGAAUGGCCCUCUGGACAACAACUGGUCUCCUCUGGGGCCUCGGUUAUCCAUUCAGUAACAUUCUGACGGUAGUCCCAUUCCUUGUUGUUACCAUUGGGAUUGACGACGCUUUUCUGGUGCUUGCCGGUUGGAGACAGUCCACGUGAGUGCGAAAGAUCGGAUUUGGAGGUCUAUAAAAUGUCACAGAAAGGGAGAAUCGCUGGAAGUUCGUCUCGGACAGUCCGUCGCCAUCUCCGGUGCCUCAGUCACAGUCACUUCCGUCACCGGUAACUCUUCCUUAUCUUGCUCUCUUUUCAAUUAUUCCCUUUCAGAUGUUGCCUGUUUCGCCACUGGACUCUUCUCCAACAUGCCCGUCGUCCAGCUGUUUUGUCUUUACACAACCGUCGCUUUGGCCAUUGAUUUCGUCUACCAAAUGACAUUCUUCACGGCGCUCGUCGGAAUAUUCGUCAGAAAGCAGGUGGACAUCGAGAAGGAACAAGUGAAGAACGAGCCGAAAGUGGAGAAGACGAAGGACAUCGACACUUCCACUUCCUCUCUCGUGUCGCUCCUCAUUUUCGUGCCCACAAUUUCGCAAGAAGCGCACACGAGAAGCCUUCUGGAGGUGUUCAUCGACUUUUUGCACACGGGCGUUGCCAAAAUCUUCGUCGUCGUUGUGUUUUUUGCCCAUAUCGCUGUACUGUAUCUGCCUUUUCUCUGUCCCGCUCAUCUAUUAUUUUCAGAUUUGUCUCGCCCUCGUUUCCCAAGUAAACACUGAUUUCGAUAUGGAGAAUCUGUAUCUGGAGGAUUCUCCGUUGACGGACAUCUCCAGAAGGAUGCAGAACUUCGUGCUCGGGGAGGCGUUCGUCGUGAACUUCGGAGUGCAUCCGAUGCCGGACUUUGAUAAUGCGACCAUCAGGGAAAAGUUCGAGGAGAUGGUGAAGCAGUUGGAGACGAUGCCGGAAUACGGAGCGGGCAAGGAGAACACGAAUCUGUGGACGAGGGAGUAUUCGAACGUACGCGUCUUUCGAGGUCUCUUUUCAUAUUAAAUUCAUUCCAGGCGGUUGCAUUCUGGGGAGAGACUGAAGAUUUCUGGCACCGCGAGGACAUGGUCAGCAACUACAGAGAGUACGGAAUGGAGGAAAAGUACAUCACUCUUGCGAACGAUACGAACGGAGACGAAGUCAUCGACGGAUUCUUCUUCACCAUCACUUACCACAACUUCUCGAACUUCCUCCAAGUGGAGGCAUUCCUCACGGACCGUCGUGCCAUUCUCUCCGCCUAUUCCCCCUAUUUCACCGUGCUCUCCCACCAUCCAUUCGAGAAGGUCCCCACCGAAUCGGCCGCCUCCGCUCCAUUCAAUUUCGUCUCCACGUCUGUGUCGGCCGUCGUCCUGAUGUCCUUGCUCGUUCUGGUGUUUGUCAUGAACUUCGAAGCGAUCAUCUCGGUCGUCGUCUCGAUCGUUUCUAUUUGUCUCGGAAUUGUCGUCUAUCUCCAUCUGUGGGGUGUGAAUCUCGACGCCGUCUCGCUCAUUUCGAUGCUCAUGUCCAUCGGCUUCUCUGUCGAUUACUCCGCCCACGUCUGUUAUCACUACUUCGCCCAUGUUCAUGUCGAUGUAAGUGCCUCUCCCUUCUCCCGUUCAACUUCUGAAUUAUUCCAGGAGCAACUCUGGAGGUCUCACAGCUACGCGGAGACCCGAGAUCGUCUUCUGAGCACAUUCCGCGGGGUCGCGUGGCCAGUCAUGCAGUCCGGAUUGUCGACGAUACUCGGAAUGUUCCCUCUGAUGUUCGUGCGCGCGUACGUCGUCGCCGUCUUCUGGAAGACCGUCAUCCUGGUCGGCAUCCUCGGAAUGCUCCACGCUCUCGUUCUCCUACCCGUCAUUUUUAUUCUGACCCAUGACGUGAAGCUUGCGUUCCUACGGAAAAGGAUCAUUUCUCCGACUUCGCAUUCAUUGGAACUCGCCUCAUAA